AUGGCAGUCGAAGUACCGCAAUCAUCCUCCUCAGGAGCGGCGCUACCGCUCGACGACGAUGUGCAGAUCGCCUUCCUCCGUUCCAUCGCAUUGCAUCGCCCAGUUGGCCCGCACAAGCAUUUCCAGAUGCUCUCCGUCAUCUCGGAUACGCAAAAGGCGCUCGAUCUCCGAUACCAACGACUCUCUGCCCGACUAGAAAAGCUCAGCAGUGCAGCGCCGCCCAGCAUCGCCGACAAGAAAGCCAAACCGGCCGCUUCCGCGAGUAGCAGCAACACAGGCAGCGCACGCAUCCGCCGCUCCGUCACCGGCAACCUUGGGCAGUCACGCAAAAGCUCCCGUUCCCGCUCAGCGAGUGUCGCCAGCUCCGGUGCCGUCGAAGAUGACGCUGAGCGCACAGACGACGAUGCGGACGAGGAGGAGGAGAGGGAACGCCAGCAGGAGACCGAAGAGACGCGCCUCGCCAUCGCACAGCUCGGCAUGGACCGCAGGAUCGAGCCAGAGAUGGUGUGGAACGAGCUGAACGAUCUGUUCGACCUCGAGGCGUUGGAUGAUAUGGAGGAAGGUGCGAUCUUUGAUUCGUCCAGCAGCCAAGCAGGGACGAGCACGGAGGGAGGUGAUUCGAGCGGCUCAGAGUCGACGCCGAGGCAGGGGAGGCAUAGGAGGGAAACGAGUGCGGAGGCGGGGAAGACGCGCACGUUGCCAGCGGGAGUGUUGGCGAGAUGCGUGUUUGAACAUCCGGGGUCGCCUGACUUCCACAUGGAUGCGAAUAGGAAAUCGAGUUCCGGCGGCUCGCAGAACUGGGUGUACGGAGAUGAUAUCAAGGGAACGGGGGAUGGGAUGGCUAAGCGCGACUUCUACCUGUGGCCGUGGGAGGCCUAUGAGCCUCUGAUCGCCGAGCGACGUCUGGCCAAGAACGCGGAGGAGGAAAAGGGACCAGCUGCCGGCCGCAGUGGUUCAUUCGCAAACGAAGUCGCAGCACCGGACAAGAAGGUAAAGCGCUCUCCUUCUCCAACCGCCAGCGACAAGCCAGACGCGGAGGACGCGGAGGAGGUCCACGAUGACAGCGAAGAGGAAGCGAAGCCUGAAGAGGAGGAAGAUCUCUCAGAGCCCGAUUCGGACGCUGACAUCUCCAAGGACUCCACCCCCAAGCGACGCUCCAAUCGUCGGGGCCAAGACUCCAGCGGCAGCAAGAAGAAGUCGACCCGCGGCCAGGCGCGCGGCGCAUCCGAAGCAGCCAGCGACGAAGACGAAACCGCGCCCGAGGCCAAAGACAAAGACGAAACCGAUGAGGAUCACUCCGCUGAGGAGGACGACGCCAAGUCUCGCAUCCUAACGCGACGAGGCAGUCGUCAAGCACCUACGCCCCUCCAGCGGCCCUCCCGCCCCACACCCGCCAGCCGCAAGAGCACGUCCGGCAAUGUAACCCCUACCCGCUCCACGCGACGCAACCGGCGAGCGGGCGACGAACCCUCCGACGAGUCUGGCGCCGAGGACAAGGCCGAGAGCGAGAACGACGACGAGGCGACGCAGAGCGAGGCGGACAGCACAUCACGCCGAAGGGGCAAAGCGCAGCCGGCAUCCGCGCGCAAAUCCAAGAAGCGUGGCGCACCAUCGAGCGACGAGGAGGAUGUCGAUUCGCGACCCUCGGUGCGCCGGCGCAGCAGCCGGCGGGCGUCCAAGUCGGACGAUGUGGAGCAGGAUGAGGAGAUGGCCGAUGCGAAGGAGGAGCAGAGCGAGGCGGGGAGCCAGGCUGGGGCCGAGAGCGCCUCCGAACAGGGCGAUGCCGACGAAGAUGGUGAGGAGCAGGACGAGGAGCAGGACGGCUCAGAAGAGGAAGCCGAAGAGGACGCCAGCGACGACGGUAGCGACCACGACAUCUCGCGUCGCGGCAAAAAAGGCACUCCUUCGCGCAACUCUCGCACAAGUACCGCCAACCGCUCCACUCGCGCCUCCGUCGUCUCGCGCUCGAGCGCCGCGAAGAGCCCACCCGCAGCUACACCCGUCAAACAGACCCGAUCCAGCCGCACCUCCGCUACCCCGGUCGGGUCGUCCAGGAGAGGAAGCAGCGACAAACAGCAGCCAGCAGCUUCAACGCCGACGCCGAGAACACCCGCUCAAAGGGCCAGCACCAGGAGCUCCGCUAGCGCCGAUCAGAGGAGCACGAGGCGCACGCCCAGACGAUAG